AUGGCUGCCAAAGUGACCGCCACCAGCCCUCUGUCCGAGGACGAGGCCCGCUGGAUCAGGCUCGUUAAGAUCAACUACAAAGACCAAAACGGCCAGGCCCGGACCUGGGAGUCGGCCGAGCGCCGCACGCGGCCCAAGAACGGCGAGAUCGACGGCGUCGGCAUUGUCGCCAUCCUCGAGAAGCCCACGGGGCCCGAAAUCAUCCUGCAGAAGCAGUACCGCCCGCCCAUCGACAAGGUCACAAUCGAGGUCCCCGCUGGGCUGGUCGACGAGGGCGAGACCGCCGAGGAGGCUGCCGUGCGCGAGCUCAAGGAGGAGACGGGGUAUGUCGGCAAGGCGUCCGAGACGACGCCCAUCAUGUUUAACGACCCCGGCUUCUGCAACACCAACCUCCGCAUGAUCCACGUCACAAUCGACGCCUCCCUCCCCGAGAACCAGAACCCCAAGGCCGAGCUGGAAGAGGGCGAGUUCAUCGAGGUCUUUACCGUGCCCUUGACCAACUUCUGGGCCGAGUGCGUCCGUCUUGAGGCAGAGGGCUAUGCCAUCGACGCCCGUGUAGGAACCAUAGCUGAGGGCAUAGAGCUAGCCAAGAAAUUCAAGCUGUAA